UAGAAACGCGUUGUGUGUUGUUGUUGUUGCUGGUGCGGAGCUGCCGAGUACCUGUAACUUCUGUGUAGACUAAAUUAGCGCUUUUGAACCGUAAAACAUAAACCCAGUAGAGGUGUUUGUUCGGUGGUAAAUGGACGGUGUCCCCUGCCUUCGUGUUUCUCAUUGUCAUGCACAACAGCUCAGGAAAUGUCUGCAGUCCAAAGGAAGUCUGGACCUGAGUUUGUGCUUACUGAAAGACUCAGAUGAGACAGUCCUUCUGCCCAUCUUACCAUCCUGUCUGUCGCAGCUCGAUCUGCAAUCUCUCAGAUCCAUGGUGUCUUCAGACAGUGCUUGUGAAAUAGUUUGGAGUCAGGUUAUUAAAUCUCCUCUGCGGUCAAAGAAGGAGAGAGGACGGAGAUGUGGAAAUAAACUAGAGAAAAUCCUCCAGGAGCUGUUGGAAGCUCAUGGUAAAAGAUGGACGGAGGAGCUGCGGGGGGACCUCCCUCGCAGCUUUCAGAGGCAUGGAGACCUAGUCCUGAUGGGAGACAACUGUUUAUCCCUGCCACUGUGGAAGAAAAUGGAUCCACAGCUUUGGAGUACAGUAGCCAAAGGACUGGGGGCAAAGCGUCUGGCAAGGAUGAGCCGAAUAUCCAGGGAUGGGUUUAGGUCUCCCGUGGUCACCAUGCUGUUAGGAGACCACAGCUGGGUCAAACAUGUGGACAAUAGGAUUACGUAUGAGUUUGAUGUAACCAAAUCCAUGUUCUCGGCUGGAAACAUAACAGAGAAGCUCCGGGUGGCUGGAUUUGACUGCAGAGGGGAGACUGUGGUGGAUUUAUAUGCAGGUAUUGGAUACUUCACUCUCCCUUAUCUGGUUCACGCGGGCGCCAGUCACGUUCACGCCUGUGAGUGGAACCCUGACGCAGUUGAAGCGUUACAGAAAAACCUUGUGGCAAACGGGGUGUCAGACCGCUGCACUGUUCACCAAGGAGACAACCGACAACUCCAGCUGUGUGGCAUUGCUGACCGAGUAAACCUGGGUCUCAUCCCGAGCUCCGAGGACGGCUGGCCUGUUGCUUGUCGACUGCUGAAGAAAACAACCGGUGGCAUUUUGCACAUUCACCAGAACAUCACCUCACCAUUACCGAACACGGCAGCCGUUCCAGCAAUCGAUGAUGCCACCCAGAGGGUUUCUGGGAAGACGCCUGACAGAGAGGUGUGGCGGUCCUGGGCCAAAGACACAGCAAACCACAUCACCUCUCUUUUAAAGGACGUCACCGGUGCACUGUGGAAGACAAACAUCCGGCACAUAGAACACGUGAAGUCAUACGCGCCUCAUAUCCACCAUAUUGUUCUGGACUUGGAGUGCAGACCAUCCUGACAGUAUGACAUUCAUCAUAUUAAUGUGCCACUUUACUCUAGAGGAAGAAAUAGAUAACAGUGUGGUCCAGAAGUUUCUAAUGCAAGCAAACACAACCCUAUCUGGUUUCUAUGUUUUUAUAAAGCUUUAUUUAUCCAGGGCAGGUUCACUGAACACGAA